AUGUGGAACGGCGCGCGGGUGUUGGUACUCGCGGCGCUGGGUCUACUGGCCGGGCCUUCAGUCACCGCAAAGAAGUACAAUGUCACCAUCGGAUACCUUCCCUCCAUUAAAGGCGAGCACAGGGACAGACAAGGGCUCGCUAUAUCCGGGGCACUCUCCAUGGCCCUCGAGGAGGUGAACAACAGCACCGAGAUAUUGCCCGAUGUGCAGUUGCUCCUGAAAUGGAAUGACACACGUUGCGACACUGUAACGGCCACGAAGCUCCUCACGGACAUGAGCUGUUCCGGCGUGGUCGCCUUCUUCGGGCCCGAGGGUCGAUGUCACACUGAGGCCAUCAUCGCACAGUCCAGGAAUUUACCAAUGAUCUCUUACAAAUGUUCCGAUUACCAAACUUCCACUUUAUCGAAUUUCGCUAGACUGGAGCCUCCUGACACUCAGGCGACAAAAUCUGUUAUAUCGCUAUUGAGAUACUACAGAUGGAACAAGUUCUCUAUCUUGUAUGAAGAAUCUUGGGUGACGGUAGCGUUGACAUUGGAGAAUCACGCGAAGAAGAACAAUAUGACCGUAAACCACCAGCGGCCGGUUAUUGAUGGCUUUAAGUGCUGCGAAGAGAAACUGACUUGUUGUGCGCCCGGCUUCUGGUAUCAGUUCAUUCAAGACACCAAGAAUAGAACUAGAAUAUACGUGUUCUUGGGCUCAACGUCGGGCCUCAUAGAAAUGAUGUCGGCCAUGGAAUCGUCGCAGCUAUUCGCGAAAGGGGAAUACAUGGUGAUCUUCGUCGACAUGAUGACUUACUCCUCCAAAGAUUCGUUGAAGUAUUUAAUAAAAACGGAGGAUCGCGGCUCGAAGCUGGUGUGCCCGAGCACGGCGGAGUUCAGGAAGCGCGCCCAGUCGCUGCUGGUGGUGGUCUCUUCGGAGCCCACCGGCAGCUACGAGGUGUUCACGGAGAAGGUGCGCCAGUACAACAACAUGAAGCCCUUCGAGUUCCCGCUUCCCACCGUCUUCGAGAACAGAUUCAUCAAGUUCGUUUCGAUAUACGCCGCAUAUUUGUAUGACUCCGUGAAGCUUUAUGCGACCGCUUUGGACAAGAUUAUAAAAGAGGAGACUGAGAAGGAGGAGCUGACUGAAGUCAAAUUGUUGAGCAUUGCAACGAAUGGUUCUCGUGUUGUGGCCAAAAUGAUUCAAAGCUCGCCAUACAAAAGUGUAUCCGGAAUGUCGAUAAGAUUAGACGAACGCGCCGACUCCGAGGGUAAUUUUUCGGUGCUUGCCUUCAAACCUACGAACUUCAGUGACGAGGAAAUCAACUGUUCCUACAGUAUGAUACCAGUGGGACACUUCCAGCAAUCGAACCGGGAGUUUCCUGAGUACAAACUGAACCCCCGGCUGCCGAUCGACUGGCCGGACAGCGUGAAGCCAGAGGACGAGCCGUCGUGCGGCUUCCUGAACGAGAAGUGCCCGAAGGACGACUCGCAGAUCACGUCGCUCGUGGUGGCGGGCACUCUGGCGGUCACCCUGUUCUGCGCCCUCGUCGUCACCAUAAGCAUUUACCGCAAAUGGAAGAUCGAGCAGGAGAUCGAGGGGCUGCUGUGGAAGAUAGAUUCGCACGAGAUCGCCGGCUACUUGGGCAGCGGGCUCGUGUGGUCGCCCAGCAAGUUAAGUCUGGCAAGUGGUAUAUCAUGUGAAAGUAGAUGUUGUACUCAAAUCUUCACGACCACAGCCCAAUACAAGGGAAAUGUUGUUCGAAUUAAGGAACUAAAAUUUGCAAAAAAGAAAGACAUAUCGCGUGAUGUAAUGAAGGAGAUGCGACUGCUUCGCGAAUUGCGCCACGACAACCUCAACUCGUUCAUCGGAGCCGUCGUGGAGCCUCUGCGCGUUUUACUUAUCACGGACUAUUGCGCAAAGGGCAGUUUGUAUGAUAUAAUCGAGAAUGAAGAUAUAAAGUUAGAUAAAAUGUUUAUCUCAUCGCUAGUUCAUGAUCUCAUAAAGGGUAUGACUUUUAUUCAUACUUCACCUCUAAUAUUUCACGGUAAUCUCAAGUCUUCUAAUUGUGUAGUGACAUCAAGGUGGAUGCUACAGGUAACCGAUUUUGGCCUUCAUGAGUUGAGAUAUUGUUCUGAAAACGAAUUUGUGGGAGAGCAUCAAUAUUUUAGAGGCCUUCUUUGGAAAUCGCCCGAGCUAUUGCGACAGUUAGACGACCCCAAUUUCACGGUAGGCGGUACGCAAAAAGGCGACGUGUAUGCAUUUGGCAUUAUUCUGUACGAAAUAAUUGCCAGACGGGGUCCUUUUGGACUCACUGCUUUGGAACCCAAAGAUAUUGUAGAUAGAGUAAAGCGGCCAAAGUUAGACGGUGAAGAGGUAUUUCGGCCAGAUACCAGCAUACUCGAUGGCGUUGCCGAGGACUACAUAGUGGCGUGCAUGAAAGACUGCUGGGCUGAGGACCCCAAUCUCAGGCCCGACUUCUCCACCAUUAGGAGCCGCCUUAAGAAAAUGAAGUCUGGCAAGUCAAGGAAUAUUAUGGAUCAAAUGAUGGACAUGAUGGAGAAGUAUGCUAAUAAUUUAGAAGAACUAGUCAACGAAAGAACGAGGCUAUUGAUAGAAGAAAAGCAGAAAACCGAAGAUUUAUUACAUAGAAUGCUACCAAAGUCAGUGGCGAGGCGGCUCACUACCGGCGAGGGCGUGGAGCCGGAGUCGUUCGACUCCGUCACCAUAUACUUCAGCGACAUCGUCGGCUUCACCGCCAUGUCGGCGGAGAGCACGCCCCUGCAGGUCGUCAACUUCCUGAACGACCUGUACACGGUCUUCGACAGGAUCAUAAGGGGCUACGACGUGUACAAGGUGGAGACCAUAGGAGACGCCUACAUGGUGGUGUCCGGGCUGCCGAUUCGGAACAACGAUCGACACGUGGGGGAGAUCGCUUCCAUGGCGCUAGAGCUCCUCAACGCCGUCAAAAGUCACAAAAUAGCUCAUAGACCAAAUGAAACUCUUAAACUAAGGAUAGGCAUUCACACGGGUGCGGUCGUGGCGGGCGUGGUCGGUUUGACGAUGCCGCGGUACUGUUUGUUCGGGGACACCGUGAACACGGCCUCCCGUAUGGAGUCCAACGGCGAGCCGCUGCGCAUACACAUAUCGCCCAGCUGCAAACAAGCCCUGGACAAGAUCGGCGGCUACUUGGUGGAGCCGAGGGGCACGAUACCCAUCAAGGGCAAGGGGCAGUUGCAAACUUACUGGUUAGUCGGAGCCACGGAGAAGGCUAUACAAAAGAGGCUUGUUGAGGGCGAAGAGCGUCCCCUUUUCCGACGUCCGCGUAGAAGUCCAAGGCUGACGGACUCGAGACAUCCUUCCUUAUCAGAGCUGAAGAACGACACUGGUUGGUCGGUUGGCGGCGUGAGGCAGCGUCUGCACAGCGGCGCCUCGCUGCCGGCCGCACCCGCGCCUCCCUCACCCGUACCGCGUCGCGCGCGUCCGGACCGCAUCGACCACGCCGCACGCGCCAGACGGACGGCGCGUCGGAGGGGUCGGCGGGGGGCGGUGCCGGGGCGGGGGCCGGGGGCGGGGGGGGGGGGCGGGUGCGCGGCGGGGGGCGUGUGCGCCUCGCUGCGGUGCGCCCACUCGCUGGACCUGCUCGCGCCCCGCCGCGACACGCGCCUCCGCAGGGGCCACACCACCCGCUCGCUGGACGCGGACGUCGCCGUCUCCACGGUCUCCGGGCCCGUGUUCAACGGCACCAUCAUCGGCAUCGUGACCGACGACCUGCCCAAGGCCGGCGAGGAGAGCCCGCUCCUGCGCAAGUGCAGCCUCCACAACAAGCUCGAGCGGCCCAAGCGCAAGGCGCACGACGCGAACUACAUCGAGUUCUACAAGAAGUGGCGCUCCCUGGAGAACAUGGCGGACACGAAGGGCGACAUGCGCAAGAUGCCGCGCUUCGCGAUCCGCUCGUGGCUGCUGGGCAUCUUCAGCGGCACCCGGAGCAGCAGCUCGUCGCUGCGCCGCGCCCCGCCGCUGCUCGACCGCGAGUCCGCCGUU